AACCCGAUCCUCGACCGUCUCUGCGAUUCCACUCACGCGAAAAGUGUUCCCUCUCCGAUGGCUUUCUCGGCUUCCGUCGUCCAAGUCUCCGCCGUCGUCGUCUUAGCCGUCCUCUUCGCAACGGCCACCACCGAGGCAGGGGCGAACAAUGCCGCUGUGGCCAUGAACACCGCGGCGUUACCGACAGCGGCGUCCUCGCUCCAGUACACCUGCUACCUGUGCCACAAGCGCAAGAGCCUGAUGAUGAAGCGGUGCCCCAUCGCGAAGGACGGCUGCCACGUGGCCUGUGUGACGCUGCCGACCCCUUCCACGCCCUCCCCUCCGCCCCCGGUGACCGCCCCCGGGGGCAGCGGCAGGGACGCCGACGACUGCUACGUCAUGAAGGUGUACCCCGACGGCAGCUGGGUCGUCGUCGACGUGGUCAGCUGCCGGCAGGCCGCCCCGGCGUGCUACCUCACGUGCAACGACGACGACGAGCCUGGCCGGGACGGGGCCGCCGGCACCACCCCGGUAGCACCCAGGGGCGCGCUGCCGUCCCUCCUCGCCGACUUCGAGCGGUGCGGCAACCAUGCCAUUUAGCACUAGCAGUAGGGCUAAUAACCACGACGAUGCAUGCAGUUGUCAAAAACGUCCAGUCGAACAGACUUUUUUUUGUCCCGUGCGUGUGCAUGUCCAUGUGAGGCCCGCGCAUGUCGUUGGUCACGUAGUUUGUGCAGGGAACAAGAUUCAGAAAUGCAAAGUUGCACCACCUCAUGGCUCAUGUGCCUGCUUUUCUUUUCCUGUUUCCUUUUUGAUGCCCCAAGUUGUGUUUGUCUAGUGGAUGUGGAUGCUC